CAGGAAGUGACAGAACACAACACACGUGGGGAAACUAGGGAGCAUAGCUUGUAUGAAUUACUUGUUUGCAGAUAGAUACUGCCACGGUUUGUUGUAGUGUAAACUAGUUUUUAAACAUUCUCCGGCCGAUCUUUAUCCACGCUGAUCCCAGUAAAGUUAAAUGGCGGAGUGUGUUAAUGACAGUGAUGCUGAGAGCACAAUAAAUUACGGAGAUUAUGUUGUGCUGAAAAGAGGAGAUGUCUUCAAAUCAGUGCAGGUCGAAAAUAAAAAGAAAGUGAUCUUUGAGAAGCAGUGGUUCUUCUUGGACAAUGUGGUUGGGCAGCUGCACGGGACAAUGUUUGAAAUCGAAGCCGGCGGGUCACUCAAACCCAAGGCAGUAAAACGUGCAGGAGACUCUUUAGAUUCUAAAGAAGCAGGCCAGGAUAACAGACAUAUAGUGGAUGAUGGCAGAUCUCAAAAACUGACCAGGGAUGAUAUCGAAACAUUGAAAGAGCAAGGUUAAAGGGCCAGGUAUAUUGUUCAGCAGCUCAUAGACAACAGUACAACAUUCAAGGACAAAACUGAAUUUGCUCAAGCGAAAUACAUCAAGAAGAAAAAGAAAAAGUACGAGAGUGACAUCACAGUCCUGAAACCCUCCGCUCGACUCCUCGCCAUGAUGUACCACGGCAGAGAACCAGGGAAAAUAUGUCACCUGCGGUACGACACAUUGGCUCAGAUGUUGACUCUGGGUAACAUCCACGCUGGCAGUAAAAUCAUUGUGUUUGAGACCUGUGCUGGACUUGUGUUGGGCUCAGUGAUGGAGAGAAUGGGAGGUUUUGGCUCUGUGAUUCAGUUGUAUCCCGGUGGAGGGCCAACGAGAGCCGGCAUGGAGAGCUUUGGCUUCCCGUCACACUUCCACGAGACGCUGCAUGACUUCCCUUUAUGCAAAGUUAACGCUCUGCUGGCGGGAACCCUGGAUUUGACGGAGAAGGACACAGAUUCUCAGGCCGACAGCAGCAGGAUCGCUGGAUCUGACUCUUCUCAGGAAACCUCAGGUGUGUGUGAGGAGAAGAAACCAGAACCUGAGAGUAUGGAGGUCAGCGUCGACCCGGAAGAGGAAAUGAGGAGAGCGGAGAGAGAAAGACUGCGAGAACAGAGGGCUCAAGAGAAAAAGGUGAAGAUGGAGGAGAAGAGGAAGAAGUUGGCCUCAGCCGCGGCUCUGUUAGAGGGGAGAAAUGCAGAUGGGUUGGUGAUUGCUUGUCGGUUCCACCCCUGUCCCGUGUUAAUGGGUCUGCUGAAGUUCCUAGCACCGUCACGGCCGUUCAUAGUGUACUGCCAGUACAGAGAGCCGCUGAUUGAGUGCUACACAAAGCUCAGGGAACAAGGAGGAGCAAUCAGUCUCAGAUUAACAGAUUCCUGGCUCAGGCAUUACCAGGUGUUGCCCAACCGGACUCAUCCAGUGCUGCUCAUGAGUGGAGGCGGAGGGUAUCUGCUGUCUGGAACCACGGUCGCUACAGGCGCUGCCAAAGCUAGCAAUCAGCGCAAACCAGACGAGCCUGCCGCCAAGAGGAUGAAACUGGAUGAGAUUAGUUCAUCUUGUGACGGCUCUGCCAAGGCAAUUUAGCUUAACUUGCUUAAGUGAGAAGAAACCAAACCACAUUCAGGCAGUGCUUUAUUCUCUGUAUGGUUGCAUGACUUUAUUAUUCAAAGUCUACCUUUUUUUUUAGUUUUGUGAAGAUUUGCAUUUAAGAGCCACAGAGUGAUCCCUUCAUCGUUAUUUAUUUAUUUUUUUAGCAAGAUGUGGGGGGUGUAAAAGAUGCAUUUACUUUUGUAAAAGACGCCAUCCUCUGCACUUGGCGAAUAACCAAGUUUUGCUCACAAUAAAGCUUAGUCAAUCAUUCAUCGCUAAGCGAAACUGUAUAUUUAUCGGUUUUUAAUAAUGUUUAAACACAAAUGAUAACUGCAUCCAUCAGCGUUGGUCCCAUAGUUACAUAUUUUAUUAAAUACAAACAAUGCAGGGGUUCUAUUGAAGGCAGGAAUUUUUAAACACGUGCAGCAUCUUUAACGUAGCAUGCUCUUAAAUGCAGUCAAUAGUACAUGGGCAUUUGUCUUUGUUAUUUUAGAUUAUGUAAUAAAGAGGAAAAUAAUUCACGACA